AUCAUUUAGUAGAAUCUAAAAAUUGUGGUCUUUGAGGGAUGGAAGAGGAAUUUUAUGAUCUUACUGGAUCUACUGGAAAUUCAUCAAACCUUAGGACGAAAAUUCAUUUCUCGAUUCUUCAACAAGCAAAACCAGAACCAGAGCCAGCUCUCAUUAAUCAAAUCUCACUCAACUCAAUUCCUCUUCCCAUGCAAAUGGAUUCUCCAACUCUCAACACAUUAAACCGCCCAUCAACUUUCCUCCAUAAUCCGAAGCCAUUCAAAUUCGUACAGACUAAAUUAUUCUUCUUCAAUCCAAGGAUUUCUUCUCCUGUUCAUCUUCGCCAAACACACAAAUUCUUUUCUGGUGUUGUCUGUGGCGUUUCUUCUACUGAAACAAGAGAGGAAGAGAAGAAGAAGAUGAAAAUGAAAUCUAAGUCAGGAGUUGGCAAUGUGAGAUUAAGUGUCAGGUUAGAUCAUCAAGUUGAAUUUGGGGAGAGCGUUGCAAUUUUGGGAUCAGUUAAAGAGCUGGGGUUAUGGAAGAAGGCUGUGAAGAUGAAUUGGAGUGAGAGUGGAUGGGUCUGUGAGUUGAAAUUGAAGGGGGAAGAGAGUGUUGAGUAUAAGUAUGUCAUUUUUGGGAAGGAUAAGAGUAUGGUAUGGGAAAGUGGUGAUAACAGGAUCUUGAAACUACCAAUAGGAGGGAGUUUUGGCAUAAUCUGCCACUGGAAUGAGACAGGGGAGGCUGUGGAUCUACUGCCUUUGAGUGUGCAGGAGAACAAGGAUGAUACUAAUGAUGUUGGUGAGAAUGGAUCUACGAUAACUGAUUCUUCUGCUGAAGCUCUUCUGGAGGUGGAGACCAGUCCUUUUGUAGGGCAAUGGCAGGGGAAGGCUGUCUCAUUUAUGCGUUCAAAUGAGCACCAGAACCGAGAAUCAGAUAGAAAAUGGGACACUUCAGAUCUUGAAGGCUUAGCUCUAAAGUUAGUUGAAGGUGAUCGGGAAGGAAGAAACUGGUGGAGAAAGCUUGAAGUUGUGCGUGAGUUAUUAGAUGAUAAUCUGCAACGUGGGGAGCGGUUGGAGGCUCUCACAUACUCUGCUAUAUAUCUGAAGUGGAUAAACACUGGGCAAAUCCCCUGCUUUGAAGAUGGAGGUCAUCAUCGGCCAAAUAGGCAUGCUGAGGUUUCAAGGCUUAUAUUCCGUGAAUUGGAACGAAUUUCCUGUAGGAAAGAUACUUCACCUCAGGAGGUGCUUGUUAUUCGCAAGAUCCAUCCAUGUUUACCAUCUUUUAAGGCAGAGUUUACUGCAUCUGUUCCUCUUACUCGAAUUAGAGACAUUGCUCAUCGGAAUGAUAUCCCUCAUGAUCUCAAGCAAGAAAUCAAACAUACAAUUCAAAACAAACUUCAUCGUAAUGCUGGCCCAGAAGAUUUAGUUGCUACAGAAGUCAUGCUUGCAAGAAUUACCAAGAACCCUGGAGAGUAUAGUAAUGCAUUUGUGGAGCAAUUCAAGAUUUUUCAUCGUGAACUGAAAGAUUUCUUCAAUGCUGGAAGUCUUUCAGAACAACUGGAGUUGAUUAGAGAAUCUUUGGAUGAACAAGGAAUUUCCUCUCUCACAUUGUUUUUGGAUUGCAGAAAGUUUUCUUAUUCAGAACCUAAGUCCCCUUAAUCAGCCAAUCUACUGUUCAUGG